CUAGUCUAAAAGUUUGGCGGGCUAUUGGCGGCAGCCAUAUUUCCCUCGCCACUUUAAGUUAGUGAUUACACAAAGCGAAAUGUCUUUCUUUGAAACUCUCGAAAAGCUGUUAGGUACGAAAGAUUUGUACGAAGCACUAAGGCUAACUAAAUCAGCUUCUGAGUCGGAGAUAAAGCGAGCUUAUCGUAAAAAAUCGUUAGAAGUUCAUCCUGAUAGGGUUCCCGAAGCGGAGAAAGCGAGCGCCACCGAAAAAUUCCAAUGUUUGAGCAGAGUUUACACAGUUUUGUCUGAUCAAGACAAGAGGGCGUUGUACGAUGAAAGUGGGGAAGUUGACGACGAUGUUGUGGUCCAACAACGUGAUUGGGAUGCCUACUGGAGACUACUGUUUCAGAAAAUCACUAUGGAAGAUAUUGGAGAGUUUGAGAAAAAUUACAAAGGAUCAGAAGAGGAAGUGAACGAUCUCCGGUCGGCGUACUUGGAUUAUGAAGGUGAUAUGGACGCUAUCUUGGAAAAUGUGCUAUGCUCCACGAUCGGCGAUGGCGAAAGAUUCCGAAAAAUUAUUCAAGAUUUGAUUUCAAAGGAAGAUCUACCGACUUUCCCAGCUUUUGUAAAUGAGGAUAAAAAGAAGAAGAAAGCGCGCAAGCAAAAAGUUAGUAAAAAGUAUUGGUGGGUCUUUUAUAUCAAAUGUUAUUGUCCUAGAAAAUAUCCAUAGUCUCUUAAACAGGAUCAUUAGAAAUUUUAGACGGGUAGCAAAGUCUUCUGUGGAAAUGCCAUCAUAAUGUAGUUAUCUGAUAUACCUCCACCAAACUCGUAGAGGUGGUGGAGAACAAAAGAAUAUUUCAGAUGUACGUCGGAUUUCGUUUUAGUUUAUGAUUGAGUGACACUGUAUUAAAGUUUUGUUACUAAUAGAAAUUAUUUGAAAGAAGACUUGUCUGCAUGAGCAAUUUUUAUUUCACAACAUUUAUGCGGCAAAUUAAUUUGGUCGCGUAGAUGUUAGCAAGCAUUUGUAAAGAAUUUGGCAACAGUUCAAACUCUGUGUGCUGGUUAUGACUUUGGAUAGCUAGAGUAUUUUGCUGGAAACGUAUGCACAGGCCAAGUGGGGCAACUUUAAUUUGUCAAAUCGAAACAAACACGCAACCCUAACAGUGAAAAUAUUUGCCUCUUAACCCUUUUUCUCAAUCUAAUUGUUCUCAUCUUCACAAGCUAAUCAAAGUUACAGCACAAAAAUGAUUGCUUGUUUUGGUAGAGCUAUAUACAUGUAGAUAACCUGAUAGUGCAGAUAAGGACUUUUUAAGAGAUUUCUUUUUUUUCACUGUAUUAGGUGGGCAGGAUCUUACAGUGGGUUAGUCUCACGAUUAAAUUCCCAAAACAGGUUAUGGUUUGUCAUUAUGGUGAAUAACACUUUCAAAAGAAAAGUAUAAUUGUUUGCCUUACAACCUGGUCACUUCAGUCAUGGAUCAUGAUGUUUCAACAGCAUACUGCUAGUCUUCUUCAGGCAAUGAGGUGGAUUGAGCAUGUGAGUGUAAAACUGUUGGAGUUCCAUGGCUGUGGUUGGUAUAUCUUCUAAAGUUUCCCUUAGCAGUUUGCUGCCGCACAGGUCUUCCUGCUGUUGUUUCUCAUGAUCAUUGACAUUCAGGCUUCUGAGAAUUCUAUUCUACUGUCCUUCUUGAUAUCAUUAGGCUGAUUGCUUAUAUGGAUUGCCUCUUCACCUUGCAUUUGUAGAAAUGGGGAUCACCCUCAGUAAACUCUACUUUGUUCAGAGAGGGCUGAAACAGUGGUUUUUCUGUAUAGGGUUGUGUCCUAUUGUCAUGUCAUGUUUGUUUAAUCUUCUUUUUUUCCCAAGGCCCAGUUGUAUGAAAAGCCACAAGUGAUAAUCCAGAAUUAAAAGUUUAACUUGCCCUUGAUUUCUCUUGAAAUAAAGCAUAUAUUCGAGCUAACAUUUUGAUGGGUUUUACCUUAGCACAAGACAGAACUGAAGGGUAAAAUAUAAACAAUCAAAACUGUCUGGAAAGCUAUAACAUUUAAUCAAAAGUUGUUGUCAAAACCUUAGUCAUCUUUGUGCCUUGGACAAGUUUACAGUAUGUUCCCUCAGAUAAUCUGUAGAAUCAUGGUAUUAAUUUAUAAUUAAUCUUGUGGUGCCAACCUCUUAGGCUCUAGAAAACUUACAAACAGGAAGGUUUGGAAGGUACCUUUCUUACAGACUGAAAGGGACAGGAGCAUGGGAGAAUCAUGGUCAGCACAGGAGAGGAAAGUACAUGAAGGAGAAUAAAAAUGCAAACAUUUGUCAACCAUUUAUCUGCAGUGUUUUAUAAUAGGAAACAGUAGGUGGAGGUCAAAGGUGUAACACAGUAGGAAGGAGGGAAGAGAUUCUCCUUCUGCAGUCUCUUCCCUUUUUUUUGUGGUCAAGCUUUUACAUAGCUGAAUGCCUAAGUUUUUGAAGAUUAUGAUCAAUGAUUUUAAAGACUUAAUUUGCUAUUUACAGGCUCAGAAAGAGGCAGCAGAAGCAGAGGAGAUGGCCAAAGAGCUUGGCUUAAAUGACAAAACUGAUGAUGGUCUGAAACAACUGGUUAUGAAACGGCAGAAAGACCGGCAAGGGGCCAUGGAUGACAUGAUAGCUGGGCUGGAAGCAAAAUACUGCAAACCAAAGAAACAGAAAACAUUUAAAGGAAAGAAAAAAUAGUUUUUUUACCUGAAUCCAAAUCUGUACUGGGAUGAAAAAUUUAUAUAUCCUGGUAGGUUGUAUUACAGAAGGGUUCUCCCUCAGUUGCAUUCCAGUUUAGCUGGUUAUCAGUAUUUGACAGUAAAUCAAGGGAAUAUUUAUCAUCACAGUCUUUUGGUAUUAAUGUUUAAGUUUACACAAAAUUUACAUAUCUGGUAUGUAGAAAGUGAAGGAGUUUGUAUUUAUCUUGGUCAUAAAAUUUUCUUAGUGAUAACAUGUUUUGCUCUGCCUGUUUUAUAAAAUUAUCUCAACCAUGCAAC